CCUACGCCACGGCAUAAAGAUAACAAAUGCAUAAUUCCUCAGUUCACCAGUUCUAGGCGAGAAUUUGUUCUACAUACAUUUGCAUUUAUUUUAUUUCUUACUUUUUUAUACGCACUGUAGAGUGGCAGAAGUUUUCAUAAUAAUUAUAAUUUCAAAAUACUUAUUGAACGUAAUUUUUUAAAUAAUUCGUUUAUAAAUAAGCGUAACUAUGGCAACAAAGCAGGAAGAACAGAAGGACCCUCACUCUCUAAAGGGGGUGAUGGAGAAGAUUCACGACACGGGCUUAUUUUCCGACGUGGCUGUUUUAGUAGGUGUGGAAAAGCAUCGCUUCAACGCUCACAAGGUCAUUUUGGGCGGCAGAUCGCCCGUUUUGGAGGCAAUGAUGCAGAAGAGAUGGGUAGAAAAAUGUGACGCUGAUGGGAUUAUUUUGCUCAGUUUUCGUAAUCAUGGGGUUGAAGCGUUUCGACUGUUUUUACGGUACCUCUACACCGACGAAUUGGGCGACGUAUCAAUCGGCAAUUGCGUGGAGUUGAUGAAGAUGGCUCAUCUGUACGACGUGCCACCUCUCCUGACCUUAACAACCGAUCGAAUUAGAUUGUUUAUCCAUCAGUGCGGACCCGCCGGGGCAAAUAUCUGUCUUCAAAUAUACAGAGACGUGCGACACAUUGACCACCACUUGGGUCAAAGCGCGUUCCAACAUUUCUUAAACAACAUCAGAAUUGCUGCGGAAAAGAAUCAAUAUUUAAAGUGGGAGGCAGACUUAUUGAGAAAAAUUUUGACCCAAGAAGCACUAAAAGUUCGGGAAGUGGAUUUGUUCAAGGCACUUAUGAAUUGGGGAAAUCAGUACAAUGGCCCGAACGACACGAUCUCGAGACCUGACGUAAUGCCUGAAUUGCUUAGACUGAUCCGGUUUCCGGUCAUGAGUAUACAACAAUUUGCUGAAGAAGUAAUUCCAAGGAAUGCCCUCUCUAAAGAUGAGAUUCUCAAGAUGUUUAUCCACUAUUCCAGUCCAGACUCGGCCCCAUCAGGCUUUGACUCUUGUCCACGUCAUUUGCGGACGCAAAGUAUUUUGGCGAAUGAGGAUGCGAAAGAUGUCGACUUGAAUGGCGCAGUUCGGACUGGUUUUUGUCCAAUAUCGUCGCAUGGACUAUCUCAGGAAUUCAUUUCUGAAAUUCCUCCCGAUAUAAGAAUCGUCGUGGAGAAACCGGUCUGUCUUCUCGGAGUUGGAAUUUUUUCUGUCGAGAUUCAACAAUACCUAACGACGGGAAGAGAUGUACAUGGUCACUUUGACCUUGAGGCGAUCGUAAAGCGUAGCGAUCAAAGUGUCGUGGCGAAAGGAAAUUCACCAGUUUACAGAGGCUGUGACCGGGCACGUUCCGUCGUCACGAUCCAGUUUGACACACCCCUCUUGCUCCGGGCCAAUACGGGAUACAAUUUUUAUGUGACUUGCACCGAAAAAAAUGAAAGAACGCGGCUUACUUGUCGUGGGGAGCCUUACGGGACGGGAAUUCAGCACGAAGAGAUCGAGCUCAGAGACGGUAGUUUUGGCACAAUCACACAUUUUGGACGUGACUUUGAGGGUACGAGCACCCCGCAAACGCCCGAAAGGAUGAGGUCUUGCUGGAUUCGUCACCUGGUUGUGGGCAAAGUGCCGGAGGAACCGCGUCCCUGCAUUAUUUCGUAGAUAAAAAAAUUUAUUGAUAUAUUACCAAUAUCUGUACAUUGUGCAUACUUAUGUAUGUGCGGAUAUCAGAUUUCAACGUUAUCGAAGGCAGUGAUCCAACGUUUACCUGAUAAAAAUAAUUAUUUACAUAUAAAUAUGUAUAUGUAUGUGAGUAACUAGAUAUGUACGUACUAAUGUAAUAGAUGACUAAUGUAUGUACUUUUGUACUGUACACUGUUAUGUAAUUGAAUCGCAUAAAGGAUCAACUCAUCUUUGCCAGUAUAUUUAUUACGAUUUGACGAAUCACGUUCUAAAUGAGUAGAUUGUUUUGUACAAAUUUUGACCCAUGGGUCCAGGAGAGAUGGAUCUCUCCUGGAAGAGAAUGCAAACAAUAGUAUGUAUUUAUAAUAUCAAGCAUUAUUUUUUAUUAUGAUUUUUAAUUUAACAAAUUGCUAUUUCCCACUCAGCCAAAUUGAUAUCGAUCGAUCACCAUUAUUGAUUUCUCCA